GAGGCGGCUCUGUCGGGUUUUCGGGGCUUGUUUUAAGUUGCCUGCGAACUGUAUUAAAACCUCAGGCAGCUAAAGCAAGUCUGGAACACCUGGACACACACCAGCACACCACCACUGACUGGUUAUACUGGAUCCCAGCAAACAUCAGCACGUCACCACCACUGUUAAUUUAUCAACAACAAUGGAGAUAAGCAGAUAUUCAAUAUUCAAUAAAGCCGGAGAAAUAUACCACAGAAUACAGCUGAUAUUCCAUUUUAUAUAUAUAUAAAAAAGUAUAUACUUACCAAUCUAAAUCUCUGAACUGUCCACAUGUGUAUAAAAGCAGCAGCUACUCUAGAACUAGAACUUGUACAUGUGUAUAAUGUGUAAGACUAUUAAGACUAUUAAGACUAUUUAAGACAAGUAACCAGAUCCCCUCUCCAGAGUGCAUCACCAGCCCAGUACAGUACAGAGUAGCUAUUAGCACAGCAACACAUGCUGGGACUGCUUCUUCAAACAUUAGUGGACGAAUGUGUCUCAGGCUCUCAGGAGCUCAGUAAACUCCAGCACUGUGGUACAGUGAUAGGAUGCAACAACAAGUCUGUUGAAAUUUCACUACUCACUACUAAAUAUUCCACAGCCAACUGUCAGUGAUAUUAUAACACAGUGGAAGAGACUGGGAACGACAGUGACUCUGUGCUCUGUCAGUAUAAUAUAACAGAGCGGGGUCAGCGAAUGCUGAGGAGCAUAGUGCACAGAGAUCAUUACUACACCUGUGGGUAGGAGUGUGUAAUAGAUUGGAAGACAGUGAGAGAUUAUCCACAGUGUUUAAAAACUCCUGCAGCACUGCUGCAGUAUCUGAUCCACCCAAUUAUCUCUACUAAUAGACUUCAACUUGGUUUCUGACACUGUAUAAUUUACUAUAACCUAUAAAUAUUGACUAAAACUCAUUGUGUAUCUAUAUAUACAAGAUUAUUUAAACACCUGCUCAUUGUUUAAUUAAAUACAUUAGGCAUUCGACAGCAUGGUGCCAUUAGGUUCAUAUUUGUUUAUCUGCUCUAGAGAGUCUUAUUCUAUUGGCAAUAGCUUUUCCUCAAUGACAAACAAGGUUGUGUCAGUCAGCAAAAACUUCUUUAAUUGAAUGAAUGCAUUAAUUAGGGGUCAUAGAACAUUAUUUGAACAUGUAUUUAAUCUUGCCAAUACUGUUCAUAUGUUAUAUCAGGAUUUCUUAAUGAAUAAACCAAUAAAAAUGCUUCAAAGAGUAUGGGAAUCAAAUAUUUUUACUUUGACCUCUAUUGACCUGCAAGUGGCUGAUGUUUUUUUCUUGUCCUCUAAAGUUUGUGGUUUUGUCAUUGGUUAAUCAUCAUCAUUAUCAGAAAGGGUGAACACAAUUAUUUGUACAUGUUUUGUGUAAGUUUUUCAGUCUUGUCUUUCACAUAAUAUAUAUAUAGCAGUUGUUCUUCACAUUGUGUAAUCAAUUUUUAGAAAGAAUGGCCCAAAACUGGGAAGUUUUCUAAAAUAGAGAAAUGCUGGGGACACACUUAAAAACCAAAAUUUCCUGUAAAGUUGGUGGUUCAAGCUCUUAUUCUUUAUAUUUAAUGAGGAAUGGACCAAUAGAAAUGCCUGUGGAAUUACUUGGAAUAUUUUUUUCAUCAUAGACUCUUAUAAUGUUUAAUUAUAAGAGCCUGUUUGUCCUGUAAAGAUGGUGGUUUAAUCCAUUAUAUUAUGUUUUUGUCUAUAAUAAUAUUUUCCCAUUGACUUCAAUUGAAAGUGAAGCAGUUUUUGUUAUUAUUUUUCUUUUUUGCAAACUUGAUGGAUGAAACCCUCUUGCCAUGUCUUUUGUCAAUGGCUAAUUAAUAUGAUCAUGGGGUAAAAAGCCUUUUAAAUUUAUAGCCCCCGCCCUGGAGCUCUGGUGGUGAAGUUGGUGGUCCAACCCCUUUGUCUUGUUUCAAUAUUUAUAUAUAUAUGAAUUUUAUUAAGGAUGGACAUUCAAUGACGUAAAUUGAAAGUGAAGCAGAUUUUUUUCGGUAGUUAAAGCCUCCCAUGAUAUAUAUAUUUUUUCAAUUUAAAAAAUAUAAUUUUAUGAAAAUUAGAACAAUAGAAAAUGUAUUGGAACCAAAUCUUUUUCUACUGACUUCCAUUUCAAGAGAAGCAAUAUUUUUGCUUUUCUUGUAUUUUAUUAAGAAUGGACAAGUGGAAACAAAUAUGAAUAGGAAACAAAUAUUUUUGAAAGUGAAGUAAUUCUUUUGGGUAUUUUAUUUUUCCUGUAAAUUUGGUGAUUAAAGCCCUCUUGCUAUGUCUUUUGUCAAUGGUUAAUCAAUAUGAUCAUGAUGUAAAAAGCCUUUUAAAUUUAUAGCCCCCCGUCCUGGAGCUCCGGGACACAGUGUUCCCGGUGUUUGGCCGCGCGCGCCGGAGCGUGCCUAAAAGGUAAACAGCGGGCAGCAGGCCGGCUCUGUUUGCAGAGAGGCGAAGCGGCGGAAAAGAGAGAGGAUCUGAACUGGUUUCCAUGUCAAACACUUCAAUUCUCCAUAGAAACUCCGAUCUUAACGCUGAAACUUUAUUAAAGGCAGAUAGCGGUAAGCGAUAAGCGCGCGGUUUCUAUCGGUGUGUUUUUUAUUGCGCGCGGGGAGGGCUGACAGAGGUAAAUUGCUCUUUUAAUUAAAGCAAUGCUCCAGAGGAAAUUGCUGUCUGAAUAUUGUCUCAGAGAUGGGCGCUGCUGACAGUUGCCUGGAAACUUCAAUCUGUUUCACAUUUAUUCCAGAUCCCAGUUUUGAGAUAAAGUUUAAUAAAAAAUCUCCCCCUCAAUGAAAGCCUAAGCCCGCGUGCGCCUGCAGCACAAUGCCCCAGCGCUGCGGAGGAGGAAGCCUAGUGUUUAACAUGUAUCUCUCAGAUCCUACAGAAAACUUACUGAAGGACACUAAAACAUCGUCGUGGAGCCCCAUCAACACAGGAGUGCAGAAAGGCAGUGGUCAGAUCCAGCUGUGGCAGUUCCUGCUGGAGCUCCUGUCCGACAGUUCCAACACCUCCUGCAUCGCGUGGGAGGGAACUAACGGCGAGUUCAAGCUGCUGGACCCAGAUGAGGUCGCGCGGCGCUGGGGGGAGAGGAAGAGCAAGCCCAGCAUGAACUACGACAAGCUGAGCCGCGCGCUCCGCUACUACUACGACAAGAACAUCAUGAGCAAGGUACACGGAAAGCGCUACGCCUACAAGUUCGACUUCCACGGCCUCGCGCAGGUGUGCCAGCCCACCUCCACCGAGCAGGCCCUGUACAAACUGCAGACCAACUUCACCCCCAUCCCGUUCUCCGGCAUCCCCAACAUCUCCAAACUCAACCUGGGGCCCCCUGGCUUCUCCUAUUGGCCCGCCUCCCCCCAGGCCCUGUACCACAGCCACGCGCUGCAGCCCGGCGGCGCCUUCAGCACCGUAUCCCCCGCGCACCUGAGCUGCGUCAACAACCUCAACAACAUCAACAACCACUACAACUGAGAGAGAGAGAGAGAGCACCUGCACGCACGCGCAGCGGCUAAACCCCGCCCACAGCUCACAGAACACACACAAUACUAAAUUACCGCAUUAUAGUACUAAAUAAUACUCAAUUACAGCGUUACAGUACCUAAUUAUUACUGAAUUACUGCAUUUUAGUACUGAAUUAUUACACACAAUAUUCAAUUACUUAAUUAUUACACACAUUACACACAAUACUCAGUUCUUGCAUUACAGCACUGAAUAAAUACUGAAUUACAUUACAGUACUGAAUUAUUGCACACAGUUCUGAAUUAACACUGAAUUACUACAUUGCAGUACUGAAUUAUUACACACAGUACUAAAAUAAUACUGAAUUACUAAAUAACAGUACUGAAUUAGUACACAAUUACUGCAUUACAGUAGUGGGUUAGUGAUGAAUUUCUGCAAUAGAAUACUGAGUUAAUAUUACAUUUCUACAUUACAGCCCUGGAUUAUUACUGAAUUACUACAUUACAGUACAGAAUUAAUCCUGAAAUACUGCAUUACAAUACUGGAUUUAUACUGAAUUAAUACAUUGCAGACUGAAUUAACCCUGUAAAAACUGAAUUACUGCAUUACACUUCUUAGUUAAUACUGAAUAACUACAAUACAGUACUCAAUUAAUGCUGUCACAGUGAAUCAGUGCUGUAAAUUGUUAAUUCAACACCAUGACAUUUAUUCGUACUUUUACGUUUUGAUUUAGUAAUAAAACAUAUUUAUUCAGUACUUUAAUGUGUUUAUGGUGCUGUGGGAGGUUUUGCUGUAGUGUUUUGCUCUGAUUCUGGACGUGCAGCUGAGAUUCGGCUGGUAAAGGACAUGCUGAGGUCUUCAGGUCUGCUGAAGGUUGUGUGAAGGUCGUUUGAAGGUUGUUUGAAGGUCGUGUGAAGGUGAAGGUGAUGGACUCUGACAUAGCUGAAGAGUUUCAUUCAGAAAUCCUUUAAUCCUGAUUAAACUCCACAGGCUGGUGAGGAUUAAUGAGAUAAUGUGGCUCCGCCCCAUGAACUGAAAAUCAAACAAAAAUAAGCAGCAUUUUAUCAUUAAUUUAAUUGAAGUUUUGUCACAUUUAGCCACUUUAUUAUAUUUAUUAUAUUAUAUUUAUUUAGUAGUCUGAGCUACUUUAAUAUGAACAUGGAGGAUAAUUGAGUUUAUAUGUUUUUUUUCUCAUCCAGACCCCAGUGUUGUAUAUAUUUUUGAUAUUUUGAGUAUUUCUGUACUGUAAAUCAAGGAGUUUUUGUUUUAUUCUGGGGUUUAGUGAUAUAGGUAGUUGUAUAAUAUGUUUAUUGUUUUAUUAUACGGACAAAUUUCAUGAAGCUUUAAAGCAGGCAUACAGUAAGUGAUUAAAUCUGCAUUUUGAAUAUUUAAAUUUUACUUUAAAUUUUAACAGUGGCUGUUUUGUGUUUUUUAUUGGUUGAAAUUUGCUGUUGAAUAAAAUUAAGUUUAAAACAUCAGAUAUUAUUAGAUAAAAAAUAUUCAGACACAACAUUUUUAAUCUAUCUACCAGAUAUUUCACCUCUGGCCUAAAUUCAUAUUUCUGAGUUUAUGAACCUUUUACCUUUUUUUUUUUUUUUUUUUUUUUUUACAUUUUUAACAAUUUUGAACCUGAAUUUUGUUCAUCUUAAAAUUUUAGAUCUGAGUUUUGUAGAUGUAAAUGUAGUUUUAUUUUUUUUAAUCCAAACUAAAUUGGAUCUGAUUUUUUUAUUUAAAAAAAAAAUGAUAUUCCAAAGUUUCUAAUAGUUGAAAAUUCUAACGUUAUUUUUUUAUCUGAAAAUGAUGAACCUGUUUUUUGUUUAUUCAAAAAUUUAAGAUCUGAUUUUUUAAAUUACAUAAACAAAUAUUACAGCAAACAUCACAUGCUCAAAACACAAAAAAACUGCAUUUGUGAAAAGUCAAAUUUUUGAAUUAAACCAUUUAAUAUUUUAAGUUUAUUAAAAGUCAGGUCAUAAAAUUCACAUAUAAAAAUGUAAACUGAAGUGCUUAAAUAAGCUUUGAAGCUCCAUAGAAUUUGCUGGUGUUUCUAUAAACUGACGCUUCUGACUGUUUCUGAAUGAGCCCUGAAUGUGUGAAAUCCAGCUCAGAUCUGAAUAUAAGAAACCAGAAUAUUCAGCCUGUAUUUAAGGCUGAUGAAUUCUGCUCUGGGUAAAUGAAUGAUGUGAAAUAAAAUAAUAAACCAUGUAAAACACA